AUGACACGUGUUGAUGUUAUUCUAGAUAAUAUUGGAGCAGCAUACUUCCAGAGAAAUCUUGACAGCCUAAAUAUUGGUGGGAGGCUUUUCAUUAUUGGCUUUAUGGGUGGAACGGUUACAGAGGUAAAUCUUACAGGUUUGCUUGCAAGACACCUCACAGUGCAGGCGGGUGGAUUGCGAAGUAGAAGUCCAGAAAACAAAGCCGAGAUUGUAAAUAAUGUGGAGAAGAACGUUUGGCCUACAAUAUUGGCAGGCAAAGUGAAACCCGUCAUCUAUAAGUAUCUUCCAUUAGCCGAAGCAGCAGAGGCUCACCGGUUCAUGGAAAGCAGCAACCAUAUUGGAAAGAUACUCCUUGUUCCAUGA